AUGGCACGCUCGACGCAGCUGCUACUAGCAUGCCUGGUUUACGUCUGCUUCCAAACCUUGAGCCUGGUAUCGGCGGGUCGUCAGCGGUACCAGAUUCUUUCCGCAGGUGAUGAAGCCAUGCUUCAAGGUACCUGGUCAUCGGGAUCGGGAAGAGUCGUCACCGGAGCAGGCUUCUUCGACCCGCGAACGAGGAGCUUUACACCGCCCAAUGUUCCAGGAACAGCUUACAGUUUCACUCGAGAUGGCUUCUGGGAGUUUGCAAAGUACCGCGUCACACCGAACCCACGGAAACCGCAAUGCAUCACAAGUCAGCUCAUCUGGCAACACGGCAGCUACCUUCUCCACUCGAACGGCACAAUCCAGCUCUACCCGAUCGCACGAGAGGGUGCGCAACUCCUCACAUCAAGCUGCGAGGAAGACGGCGGCAACACUCGACCGGAAGAGAUGUACGAUGUUUCGGAGGAGUACACCAAGGUAGACACCUGGAUCGACUUGCAUCACGGCGUCCCCAGUGCUGCGAUUAGGCUGACGGAUGCCUGGGGCAAUCGAUCACCCAUGCUGUGGAAGAUCUACGACCCUCCCAUGAUGCUGCCCACCGAUGCCAUGUACUUGGAGUACAUCGGCAUUCCCUAA